AAUCCGAAUUCGUAUUUGUAGGUAUUUUGUAAUUUUGGUUUGACGCGAUAAAUAUCUGCAAUAACAAAGAAUGAGUUUUUUUCCCGAAAUCUAAAUAAAUAUUUUAAAAAUCAUAAAAAGUAUUAGAAAGAAGCAUAACGUGGGCUACAUUUUAUACUGGAUCAGUUUCCAUUGUUACUCCUUAUCACAGAUAAGGAUUAUACAAUGAACGACGUUGCUUCUUCACACGAUGGCAAUGGAGCAGUGGCUGUGGAGGAACCUAAGUCAGCUGGAAGCAGCCAGGGCACUGUCGACGCGGAAGUGUUUUUCUCGAGGUCGACGGCAGACGCAGCCGCGCGAAACCAACUCGAGGAAAAAAUACGACGAAAGUUAAAAUUUUUCUUCAUGAAUCCCAUAGAAAAAUGGCAAGCUAAACGUAAGCUACCUUACAAAUUUGCAGUGCAGCUCAUCAAAAUUGUGCUGGUGACCUUACAGCUUUGUUUAUUUGCACACAACAGGUACAAUCACGUGGACUACACUUGGGACAAUCGAAUCAGCUUUUCCCAUCUGUUCCUACUCGGUUGGGACUCGACUCGGGAAAUAAACGCGUAUCCACCAGGAGCAGGUCCUUUGGCUAUAUACAAAGCUGAUGAAUUCUACAACACAUUGGAUUACGCAUAUGAAGGCUACUCUAAUUUAUCAAAUGCUAUAGGUCCAUACUCGUACAACGACGAAAACAAUAAUAAACCUGACCCUGUAUUCUGUCAAUUCAAUUACAAGAAGGGGAUCAUAAAUGGUUUCAAUGAAAGUUAUGAAUUCAAUUCGGAGGUAAUCGAAACAUGUGUAAAUUUUACCAGGAAUGAGGGUGAACUAUUCAAUUCUCGAAAGUAUAUUGCAAAUGCUGGCCUUAAUGUAAGUUUCGCCUCAAUGGUCCGAGCGGAGUUGAGGUUUUCAAUAAAGACAAUAAACUUUAGAGCAGCAGGACCGAUAACUCCUCCGGACUGCUACAGAUUUGAUGUGAAACUAAUAUUUGAUAAUGAAGACCACGAUGGACAAAUGUCAUUAAUUUUGGAUGCUGAACCCACCAAACUAGUAUGUAAAGGAGCUCAGGAUUACAUCACCGAUAACGAAAUAGAUCAAGUCCUGAGGAGUAUAUUGAAUAUCCUAGUUAUCCUUAUAUGUUCUGUGUCACUUGUGCUGUGCAGUCGAGCAAUUUAUAGAGCUCAACUAUUAAAAGAGCUUACGGUGAAAUUCUUUCAAGAAGUAAGGAACAAAAGCUUGAGCCUUGAUGGUAGAUUAGAAUUUCUAAAUGCCUGGUACAUAAUGAUAAUAAUUAAUGAUAUUUUGAUCAUUAUGGGUUCGGCAAUCAAAGAGCAAAUAGAACGUAAUCAAUUUACCAAUGACCAAUGGAAUGUCUGUUCAUUAUUCUUAGGUACUGGAAACUUAUUGGUUUGGUUUGGAGUACUUAGAUAUCUUGGUUUCUUCAAAACCUACAAUGUUGUUAUUCUCACUCUGAAAAAGGCAGCUCCGAAAAUAUUCAGAUUUUGUUGUUGUGCCCUAAUAAUUUAUGCUGGCUUUACUUUCUGCGGUUGGUUGAUAUUGGGACCUUACCAUAUGAAGUUCAGAUCUUUAGCAACCACAUCUGAAUGUUUAUUUUCAUUGAUAAAUGGAGAUGAUAUGUUUGCGACAUUCUCAAUAAUGUCAAAGAAAUCUCCAAUGCUGUGGUAUUUCAGUCGUGUGUACUUAUACUCCUUCAUAAGCUUGUAUAUUUAUGUUGUACUCAGUUUAUUUAUAUCUGUAAUAAUGGAUGCUUAUGAUACAAUCAAACAAUACUACCAGGAUGGCUUUCCUAAGAGUGAUCUACAGGAGUUCAUUGGUGAGGCGAGUUUUGAGGCUGUUUCUUCUGGUCUGUACAGAACAAACAGCUCAACAUCACUUAAUGCCGUUAUGAAUUCCUUAUGCUGCUAUAAUUUUACAAGAAGUCAUUAUUCUAAAAUAGGAGAGGACCAAUCUAAUGUAAAUUUAAUGUAAAUUGAAAUUUGUAAAUAUGUGCAAGUCACAGAACCUUAACUAAGUUACCAAAAAUUUUUUAAAUAUAUCUAUUUUAUGCUAUUUACACACAUAUUUUCACAAAAUGAUAUGUAAGUACUCUUUUAAACUUUAAAAUUUACUUUUUUAAGCCUUUUCUUUCUGUUUUACUCUUUUUUAGUUUAAAUACUAUAUAUUUAGUAUUAUAACCAACUAACAUUAUUUAAAUAGAUCUGUACAUAGGUAAAUAUUAAGGAGCCGGGAGAGAGUAAUAAUAAUUUAUGAAUGUACUUAUAUAAAAGAAAAUAUUGUAAAUAAUUAAAAUUAUAAACAAGUUAAUGACAGCUGUUGAAUUGAUCAUAAUAAGCUAAUAAAUAUACUGAUUGAUAUAAA